AGAGAGAGAGAGAGAGAGAGGGGUAUGCUGAGAAAAAGGUCAGCCAGUGGAAGGCUGGGCUCGUCUCACUCGGCCAGGGGACGCUCAGGAAUGUUGUGCUCGUGCUCACGCUCCGUGUUGUGAUUUUAAUUUUCAUGUGGAGCAGAAUGAGAGGAAGACACACACUUGUCUCUUCAAGGUCUCCUGAGAGGUAAAUCACAUUGUUACUGCGAAUGUGCUGAGCAUUAAACCCACCUGGAGGAAUGGCCAUGACUGUCGCUGUAAUGGCGCAUUAAUGGGAAAUGUUGUUAAGCUCUAGUUAAGACAACGGCAGGCGUCUUCAUGUGCGAAUGAAGGGGAAAAGGAUCCACAGUAUAAGGAAGCAGACAGUUGUUGUAGCAUCCUUCACUCAAAGAGAAUGAAGAAGGAACUGUGGCAUCCUAGAAUCUGAUCAAAGUCAGACAAGGAGACGAGACUUUAUGUCUCAGGAGCUACAUUUUACAGAGAUGAAUAAUUGAUCAAACACCUGUCACAGUGUCAUAACAGGUCUAACAGGAGAAACCAAAGAGCAGUUCCUCAGAGUGGUCUUUUUCUUUUGAAGGUGACUCAGAGAGCAGAGGAAGAACUUACGGAAAGUGUUUCCUGCUUCAGAAAUAUUUUAGCUCCUCGUUCCUCCUGCGUGUUUUCCUUCUUUGCCUCCCCAUCAUCACGGCGAGGAAUCAUCUGACCCCUGCAUUCCUGACGUCCACAGCCAUUGUCUGUGAAUCUCUGCACACCGAGAAGUAAAAUACACAGCACGGACGUUCAGACACUCGCGCCCCCUUCCAGACCUCACAGCAGCGUUUCUACAGUCUUCACUUCUCCACCCUCUGAUAGAACUACUGCUCCCAUCAUUCCCUGGGCUCAACGCUCCUUUCCCCUCCACACACUUACUGUACUUUGCCUUUCUCUCUCACGGAGCAUCACCUGUUGCUGCCAUUAAGUCUUUAUACUAACAUGAAUGUGGAUAAUAUAUAUUUAUGUCAUCAAAUCACACAUGAGCAACACAAAAGCUGUUUCAAGGCUGGUCUUGGAGCUUCCGUGGUACUGUAACCAUACUCACAAUGAUAACUAUGAACUGAUAACUAUGAUAACUAUUCACAAACAAGGGUGAAAGAUCAGAACCAAUAAGGUUGCUGCUCCUGCUGAGAGGUUAAAGUUGACAACAUGAUGCACAGUAAACGGCAGAAACCAUGCUGUGGUUGUAAAUGCUGCCCUCUGCUGGAGACUUGCAUGCACUACUCUACUGCGUUAAACUGAGAGUGACGCCUUUACAUUCCCAUGGCGUUUAGAGGUGAACAAGCAAACAUACGGUGGCACCUUCACAAUCCAGACGUCCACCUCCAGACGUCUUACAACCACAACCAUAGGUUGCCUCUAAUUUUCUUAAGGUUGUCAAUGAACCUUAAAUCUCUCAUUAUGUAAUUAUUCUUGUCAUAUAGAACUUUAGUAAAUACAUGAACAUUUUCAAUAGUACUCUGGUCACACACACACUGUCUGCUUCUGGCCUUUACACAAGGAUUGUGUCCUGAAAUCCCUGAACCAGUACUGUAAUAUGAAUUGUAGAUGUUGGGAAACCCAGAUUUUUGUUGCCUUGUGUUGGAAAAAAAGUUUUAUGUACUGAUGAAAUACUAUCUUAUGACAUUUGACACGAAUUCUGGAGCCACAACCAUCUUUGCUUCGUCUCAGAGUUUUUGCCUUUUAUUAAGUCAUUUAUACUCAAUCACAUUAAAUUAAACAUCAUCAUACGCUAUGGAGCACAUUAAGCACGUAGGGAGGACAGACCAUGAUGGUGGCUGGAGGUUUAUGGAUGAUACAAGGUGGGAUUUGAUUCGGGUUUCUAGUGGCCAUUUAUAUUACUACAUACAAUGACAACGUGAACACGGUGGCAACCUUGUCUCUCUGGACUACGCAAACACACGAGAAGAGACAACAAGAAACAAGGGUGUAAAACAGUUUCCUCUGUCUAAUUGGCUCCAUGAGAUUAGAAACAAGGCAAUGGCGCCUCCUAGCGGUAAAACAAGUGAAAUACGAGUGAAGUAAAGUAGGUUUCCGCACUGACGCACAGUCGUUACUUGUUCCAGUCCGAUCAGUUGUUGGAGGAUUUGGCCCGCACAGUGUUGUCAAAUGAACAACGCUUCAGGAAUUGGAAGAAUAUCAUUACAGCAUAUUUGCGUGGGGUUUCAGAACAACAUGUUUGUCGCACAUUUCGCAAGCUCGAGUUUCCCGUGGUGCGUAAAUUAAAAAAGGCCACACGUUGCACAACACAUUUUAUAAUAGCAGGGAUGAAAAGCUGUAAAUCAGCAACUCUCUUCAUCCAUAGGGCUUUUUUUAACAUGCUAUUUCCACAGGGAAUCAAAAUAGUUUGUUAGAUCCUCCAAAUAAUUUACUCCAUAAAAACACCUUAUGGAUCAAUAUGUUCUGUACUAUAUAAAGCACACAGUUCUGAACUAGUGACAGCUUUAUAUUGAGUACAAUCAAACAGCGGUCACUUUGGGGACAUUUGUGUGUAGCCAGUAAUUAGACAAUUUAGAUUCAGUUCUGUGGAGGUUAUGGUUAGUCCCUUUAGAAACCACACGAUGGCGCUCAACACACAAUUUUACAAACUUUUGAGUUUCAAGUGUGGACAAACGGACGAGCGUCCAAAGUUUGCUGGCAAGGUUUAAAGUAUUUUCCAUAAACAAAACUUAAAUAUAUAUAUUUUUAAAAUCUUUUAUUAUUAUUAUUUUAAACCAAUAAUAAAAAAGACACAACUAAGGAGUGAAUCGUUUUAAGAGCUUCUCAUAUGUAGUCAACGGUAAUCAGCCAAAUGUUUGUUGUGAGUGAACUAUUUGUGCAGCUUUUUUCCUGUGAAUUCCUGUCAAGGAGUGUGUCGCGUGUUUCCCGACCGUGCGCAUCACCCGUCCCUCCGAGCUGCAGGUGACUUCCUGUGAACAUGCGUGCUGCGCCGCUCCUGUUUCCCGCUUCUGGUCGCCUCCUCCUCCUCUUGCUUCUCCUCCUCUUCGUAGAAAGUCCGGGGCUCCGCCGGCGGCGCGUCAGACGCGCUCAGAGCCGCGCGCGGCAAACUCCGGUUCACUCCGCACCUCUGAUUCUGGUCUCACGCGCCUCAUUGGGUUUCGAUGCCUCGCUGGAAUAAACGCAUCGCCUUUCGCUUCUGCGGCUGAAGUUUGUUUUUCUGACGGCGCAGAUGGGCGCGUUCUGCACCGGAUCGGCUGUUUAGGGGGCUGAGAUCGGUUCUCUCUGGGCCUGUUGCGUUUGAACUGUGACCUGAGGGUCUUGGGCACAGAUAAGCCACAUAGGAAGGGCAGCAGGAGCGUUGGGAUCAUGGAUAUCGGCAAUGAUGUGGAUUUGUCCAACAAUAACAUCACUCCUUUGUGGAAACGGCGCACGGACAACUGCAAAAGCGCCCAGGAGUCGCGGAAAUCCAAAGGCCGGCCCGUCAGUUAUCACAUGAACGGGGUCAUGACGACGGACUUCCCUUUGGACGACAACCAGUGUUCAUUCACCCUGAGCCAGCCUCCCGAGAGAGUGGCGCCCGCGCCCCAGCGUCCGGACAGGAACGCUGCGGUGCUAAAGCACGUCCUGCACAAACCGGCCAGGAAAUCCCGCGUUGUCCGAAGCAUCAGCAUCGGGCCCCUCUCCAGCGCACGCUUCUCCCUGCCUAAAUUUAGAUCGGAGGACAACAAAUCUGCUUCGCUGGACAAUAGGGCUUAUAACCGAGGCUGUGGCGAUAGAAAGACUAGCGGAGAGACGCGGUGUCUCCAGGACCCUCAGAAACGCAUUUCCAGUCCGCUCAUCCUAGGCUCUGACAAAGACACAGUGACGCGUGGGACGGUUGCGCCCUCGGACUCCGUUCUUCCCGACCGCUCUUCCCCAGUCUUGUCCCCAUGCUCGCCGCCCAACAACAACUUUGACCACAACGACCUCUCCUCCCUCUCGCCCACCACCAGUCCCUCACCUCUGGGCCGCCGCACGCCGACCCCCUCUCACAGCUCAACCUCCAGCAUCCUGUCCCUCUCGUCCCUCACCUCCUCCGACCCCCCGACCCCACGCUCGCCGUCGCCAGCGGAGCGGUGCCCGGCGCCCUUCAGGCACUCCCCGUCGUCACCAGCCUCCUCUUCCCUGUACUCCCCCUCCCCCUCUCUUUCUCCGUCCCCCUCCCCCACCGUCGUCCUCAGCACCCACAGCCCUGCGGCCCUGAAGAUGGGCACCCACCAAAUCAUUCCUAAGGGCUUAGCCUCUGAUAUCCGGCAGAGCAAGGCUCCUUCCUCCGGGCUGCUGGGAUUAGGGGAUCAGAACAAGCGAGCCCUGAAAGCCCUCAGUAUGGUGGAGACGGGAGCCUACUUUUCCACAGGAGGCCACAGCGAGGGGAGGAAUGGGGAAAGUGAGAGCCCGGGGGCGCUGAGGAGAGGCUUGAGGAGCACGUCCUACAGGAGGGCCGUUGUGAGUGGAGUGGACACACAAGUGCCAAUGUUGGAUCCCAGGGCCCAUCGGCCGUCGCAGUCAGCCGUCAGAGGCCCACUGGGGGAUAUUCCAGAUUCACCAGUCGGCCCAGUUAGUCCUGGCACUGGAAGUCCCACUAGCCCUGGAGCAUCCAAGCCCGUGAGCCCAGGGAGCACGAAACCAUCCAGCCCCAGGGUUUCAAAACUCGCCAACCUUCGGACAGAAAAAAGUAGCAGCAAUGGAAAAAACAAGACUCUAGAUAAGAAGAGAGUUUUAACUAUUCAGCGGACAUUUGACAGCGAGGAGGAGGAGCUGUACCAGAACUACCAGGAGAAGGCCUUGCACAAUGACUCCGACGAGGAUGCAGAUUCCAGGCAGCCCAAACCUGAUAACGGCAUCGUGGUGCAGUUCAGACCCAUACGCACGUCGUGGAGCCAGCUCAGUGUGGUGAAGAAAAACGGUCUGUCUGAACGUAUGAGUCAAGAGGAGCGCAAGAGACAGGAGGCCAUUUUUGAGGUGAUCUCGUCGGAGCACUCGUACCUGCGCAGCCUGGAGAUCUUGAUUCGCAUGUUUAAGAACUCCGCGGAGCUCAGCGACGCCAUGACCAAGACGGAGCAUCACCAUCUGUUCUCCAACAUCACGGACGUGUGUGAGGCAAGUCAGAAGUUCUUUAAGGAGCUGGAAGAGAGACACCAGCAGAACAUUGUGAUCGAUGACAUCAGCGACAUCGUGUGCAAACACGCUCGCGCUAACUUUGACCCGUACGUCACGUACUGCUCCAAUGAGGUCUACCAGCAGAGGACCCUGCAGAGGCUGGUGUCCACGAAUCCAGCAUUUAAGGAAGUGCUGACCAGGAUUGAGGCCCACCCGGACUGCAGGAACCUCUCCAUGAUCUCCUUCCUCAUCCUGCCCAUGCAGAGAGUAACCCGCCUGCCGCUGCUCAUGGAUACAAUAUGUCAGAAGAUGCCUAAAGACUCGCCACAGUAUGAAGAAUGUACCAAGGCUCUACAGGCAGUGAGCAAGGUGGUGCGAAAGUGUAACGAAGGCGCCCGUACGAUGGAGAGGACAGAAAUGAUGUACACCAUCAACUCUCAGCUGGAGUUCAAGAUCAAGCCUUUCCCGCUGGUCUCGUCCUCCAGGUGGAUGGUGAAGAGAGGGGAGCUGACGGCCUUCGUGGAGGAGAACGGCAUCUUCCUCAAGCGAACGACGCGGCAGCAUGUCUACUUCUUCCUCUUCAACGACGUCCUCAUCGUCACCCGGAAGAAGAAUGAGGAGAGCUACACGGUGAUAGACUACGCUCUGAGGGACCAGAUCAGGGUGAGCUGCUGCCAGCCGGAGGACCUCCACCUGUCGCCGGUCAGAAGCACCGCCAGCAUGCUGAGCUCCCGGCAAAGCGGCGCCAACCACGUUUUCCGACUUAGUUUCCGUAGCAACCACUCCGGUGACAAGGUGCAGAUGAUCCUGGGGACGGAGCUGCUGAAUGAACGUGCUCGAUGGAUCAGUGCCCUGGGCCAGAAUGGCAACAACAACAGGAGUCAGGACAGAACCAAUGUGACGCAGGUGGAAGUGAUCAGGACGUACACAGCCAAGCAGCCAGAUGAGUUGUCCCUGCAGGUGGCUGAUGUGGUGCUGGUCUCGCAGACUGUGGAAGGCUGGUACGAAGGAGAGCGACUGCGCGAUGGAGAAAGAGGGUGGUUCGUUGCUUCCUGUGCUGAACCAAUCACGUGCGAGGCCACCAUCGAACGCAACAUGCAGAGGAUGAACCGCCUGCAGGGGUUGGAGACUAAUGUGUAAGGAGAACCACAGAGGGCUGCUCUCGGCUGUCGCUGACCCGUUGACAGACCGGUGACAUGCCUUUUCUUUUUUUUAAAUCCGACCAAAACAAAUGAGUUGAGUAACGGCCUUGGUGACCUGCCUUCAGGGAACAAGUAGUUGAGGAUUCGAGCUGCACGGCCGCUCAACCUUCAACCGCAGCUCAGACUCGUGCUCAGCGUCCACUAAGUCUCAGAUGUGCUGUCCAUGUUUUUUCAAAGCAAAGACUUAACCCAGAACAAACACACCGGAGGCACAGAUUUCCUCAAUUACCGACUGGUUCCUGUGUGGGUGGGUGGGUUUGACAGUGAGAUCUGUCACAUUCAUUAAUUGCCCAGUUGGUUAGAAAACUUCACAGCAACAGCCAAAGUGACUGCUUUUAACACCUUGCUACAUAAUGAGUCCUGGUGUAAAAUGUGUAAAAAUGUGCCUUUUUUAAAUUUUAUUUUUUUUAAGUCAUCAGUGUAUGAUGUUACCUCGCUAAUUGUGAUAAGUGACAACGAGGCACAAGUUAAACUAAUACACAAUAUACAUAACAGCAUAACAAAACCAAUAUGGUGGAUGUGAAAGAAAAGCGAAACAUAUGCCCAGCAUUUUAAACGCCUGAGCCACUGUGUGAAGAGAAUAAGCUUGAUUUAUUGUUUAAUAAUACACGACAGUCACCUGGGAGGUUUACUGACACGUGACAUGAAUGGGUUAAGGACAAGGGCCAAGUGUGUGUUUUCGACCCUGGCGUCUGUCACCAGUUAAUGUCACCGUCAUGAAUCAGACUCUACAUUUGUGUCACGAAUGCCGUUGUUGCCUUCAUCCACUCAGUGAUUUAGACAGCCUGAAAUAUCGCACAGCCAGAGGUAUGGCACUCCAGCGGCACAGCUGUGUGCUGUGUGUAUAAAUACCCCCCUUAAGAUUUGCAUCGGUGAUGUUUAAGGGGCGAGGAAGAUGGAAGAGACAGGAAGAAACAAGCCAUUUUGCCCGUCACGAAUUUGAAUGCGAUUGUCCAGCGUGAGUCAUCUUUAUGGUGUCACUGUACCCAGGUAAAUAAAUGAAUGGCUUAGUCAGAGUUCUAUCCAUCAAGCCCAUUGCCCUGGAGGGCACCUAGCCACCAAAACUGCUACGUAACGAAGGACGGCAAUAAGUGAAGCGUCCUCAUAAGGAUGCGAGGAUCCAGAUUUUUGCAAUCGUAACUCAGGGAAAAUGAGUCAGAUGACACUAAUUGCCACCUUCAAUGUGACAGUGGAUAUUUCCAACUUCAUGCUUGGAAAAAAAUGAGAAAGUCAUAAUAAAUACAACAUGAGUCAAUAUGCCAGUUUAUAUAUUAAAAAUGUCCUGCAAUAAGAACUAAUAAUUAGUAAAUAUAGUGUAAAUCUUACUUCACUGACCUGAACGCCAGCAUCACUGUGUGCAUGUGGGUAGUUGGCAUAGCUUAAUGCUGGGCGCUCUGGACUCCUCCCACAGCCCAAACACAUGCAUUUACAUGUAAGCUUAUUGUCCCGCUGAUGUCACAUUAUUUUAAUCUGUCAUGUGGUAUUUUACUGACAUUGCAAGUAGUUGCAAACAACUUGGGAUUAUUUUAUGGGAUGUGAAGGGAUUUUGGACCUAGGAGUGUUUGCCAAUGUGCAUUGAAAGCAGAAAAAGUGAUCAUUAUUUUAAAUCGCUUCUAUAAAUAUUUGCUAUUGUAAAUCAUCUGUAUACAUGUACAUAUGUAAAUCUGUCUGAAAUAUUUGUUUUCCAAAAUACAGAAUUUUAUUGCAAAACUCUGCAUAGCUCAGCAUACAUAUAUGCACACAUAUAUUUUCACUGUUAAUAAAGCUUAAUUGCUUGA